UCUUAUACUCCGAAGGACAUCCGAAAAAGCAACAGCCAUCUUCUAUAGCAGAAGCAAUGAUAUUAGAUACAGAAGCAGCUGUUAUAGCGAAUUUUGAAUUUUUGGGACAUACAGACAUGGACAUGGAAGAGGAAGAAGGAGAUGGAGACGAUGAAAUUUAUGAUGCAAAUACAGAUACCAAACCAAAUAAAGCAUCUAUCCCCCUUCUAGCGGAAGAUGUUGAUACAGAUGCAGAAGCAGAAGUAUUAAAUGAAUUAAAUCUCCUCACAGAAAUUAAAGAAUCGCCACCUGGUUCUAUCCACCUGGAAAUGAAUUCUUCAAAGGGGUUUAUUACACAGAGAAUUACAACAAGAUCCAAGACACCCAAAUAA